AUGGAGGACCCAGAAGCGUCUCACCUGUCGGCUCGAUGGUUCUGCUUUGAUCUGUGGACUCUAGUUUUCUCUGAGUCAGCGUCAGAGUCAGGUCAGAGUCUGGUCAGAGUCAGCAGUCAGAGUUUCUGCUCUUACCCUGCCAGCACAGAUCGUCCUCUCGCUACCGGUCUCGGUCUGAAAACUGAGACCAUGAACGAGUUCUCCCCAGUUUCUCUCAUGACGGAGCGACUUCCAUGGGCUCUGAGGUCCCAAGGAUCCUGGGGAGAGAACAGACUCUCACCCUCCUCGACCUCCCCUCCUCCCGCCCUCCUCUGCGCCUCCUCUCUGUCCUCUCCCAGAAAACAACUGAACCACAGUUAA